UCAGGGGGUGUCACUCGGUAGCUCACUCACUGUUACUUUGAUUCUUUGAUAUUGUUAUCUUUUUUCAGAAGAGGAAACGAAAAAAAAGUUGAAGAAUCUGAUGAAAACCAGCUAAAGUCAUACGGAAAUCUAGGGUUUCGAUAAGGUGAUCGGGCUUGGAAGAUGGCGAGUCCGUUCACGCAAGGUACUAGUAGGGCGUUGUCAAUUACUCCGGGAUCUCGGAUUUUGAAGAGUCCUCUCGGUGAAGAAACGAUCUGGAAGCGGCUCAAGGAAGCUGGAUUCGAUGAAGCAUCCAUCAAGAAGAGAGAUAAAGCUGCUCUAAUUGCUUAUAUUGCAAAGCUUGAAGCAGAGCUCUCUGACCACCAACACAACAUGGACCUUCUUACAUUGGAAAGAAAGGAGUUAGCUUCCCAGUAUGAACAAAUUAAAGCUUCUGCUGAAGUAAGUGAGCUAAUGCAUAAACGUGAUCAAGCUGCACAUAUAUCUGCUCUUGCAGAAGCAAAGAAGCGUGAGGAUGGUUUGAAGAGAGCUUUAGGAGUUGAGAAAGAAUGCCUAGCAAGCAUUGAAAAGGCUUUACAUGAGAUGCGUGCAGAGUCUGCUGAAACUAAGGUUGCAGCUGAAAGUAGAUUAGAUGAAGCACGUUCUAUGAUUGAGGAUGCUGGUAAAAAAUUUGCAGAAGCUGAGGCAAAGUUUCAUGCUGCAAAAUCUUUACAGGCAGAAGCUACCCUUAUCCAGCGUGAUGCUAAGAGAAAGAUCCAACAAGUUGAAGCACAUGAAGAUGACUUUAGUAGACGUACUGUAUUGUUAAAAAACGAUUCUGAUGCAAAAGAGAGGGAGAUCACCCGCGAAAGGAAAUCGCUGAGUGAGAGGCAGAAGAUUGUACAGCAAGAACAUGAAAGACUGCUUGAUGGACAAGCUUCCCUGAAUCAAAGAGAGGAGUAUAUUCUCAGUAGAACUCAAGAACUAAAUCGACUUGGAAAGGAGUUGCAGGCUUCAAAAGUGGACAUUGAAAAGGAACAAAGAGCUUUGAAGGAUGAGAAAUCCAACAUUGAGUUAACUUUAGUUUCUCUAUCAAAAAGAGAGGAGGCCAUUAUGGAGCGUGAAGCUUUGCUUAGCAAGAAAGAGAAAGAGCUCCUUGUUUCUCAAGAGAAACUUGCAAACAAGGAAUCUGCUGAAUUUCGCAAGGUUAUUGCUAGUCAUGAAAAUGCAUUGAGAACCAGAAAAUCUGAGUUUGAGAGCGAGCUUGAGCUCAAGCGCCAAAUGGUGGAAGAUGAGAUUGAAAUGAAGAGACGGGCAUGGGAGUUGAAGGAGAUGGAUAUAAGUCACAAGGAAGAUCAAAUUUGUGGAAGAGAACAUGAUCUUGAUGUUCGAUUGAGGAUAAUAGCAGAGAAGGAGAAGGAAGUGGCUGAGAAGUCAAAUCUGAUAGAUUUGAGAGGAAAAGAUUUGAGUGAUUUUGAAAAGGAACUUGAGUUGAAGAAAGCCCUUUUAGAAGAAGAAAAGGAAGAGAUCGGUAAAACGAAAGUAGAGCUUCAGGAGUCGCUGCUGUUAUUGGAAGAUAAAAGAAACCAGGUUGAUCGUACAAAGGAGAAACUAGAAGCCCUGAGAAGUGAUACACAUGAAUUAUCAAUUUUAGAAUUAAAACUGAAGGAAGAACUUGAUAUGGUUAGGGCUAAAAAAUUGGAGCUGAUGGCUGAUGUUGAUAAGUUGGAAGUAGAGAAGGCAAAAUUUGAAACAGAGUGGGAUUCGAUUGAUGAAAAAAGAGAAGAGUUGCGAAAGGAAGCAGCACGCAUUUGUGAGGAGAGAGAAGCAAUUUCUAAGUUCCUCAAGGAUGAGCGUGAUAGAUUGAGAAGGGAGGGCGAUAUGAUGCGAGAGCAGCAUAACAAGGAUGUUGAAUCAUUGAAUCGUGAGAGAGAGGACUUCAUGAAAAAGAUGGUGACUGAGCAUUCUGAUUGGUUCAACAAGAUUCAAGAAGAGCGUGCUGAUUUCUUGUUAGGAAUUGAAACCCAAAAGAGGGAGCUGGAAAAUAAUAUUGAGAAAAGCCGUGAAGAAUUGGAAAGUUCUUUCAAGGAAAGAGAGGAAGCAUUUGAGCGAGAAAAGAAAAAUCAACUUGAUCAUAUUAAUGCUCUAAAGGAAAUAACGGAGGAGGAGUUGGAACAAGCUACUUCAGAAAGGAGAAGGCUUGAUGCUGAGCGGUUAGAAAUCAAGUUGGAUCGUGAGCGAAGGGAACAUGAAUGGGCUGAAUUGAACAAGUCUAUUGAGCAGCUUAAGGUGCAAAGACACAAAUUGAAGCUACAAAGGGAAUUAUUGCAUGCCGAUAGAGAAGAGAUACAUGUUGAGAUUGAAGAGCUAAAAAAGUUGGGGGACUUGAAAGCUGCUUUGGAUAAUAUGACAGUGGCUCAAAUGCAGCGCUCUAUUGUUGAGCUUAGUCAGCAGAAAGCAUCUGGAAGAAGGAAUCUGAAGCAGCAAGCUGUCGUGCAAAAUGUUGAAUCUGGUUCGGAUAAAAAUAAAGUUGUUGCUCUGAAUGGCAAUGGAUUCAACUCGCCAAUGUCAAAACCAUAUAGUACUCCUAGCUCAUCCCGUUUCUCUUGGAUCAAGUGCUGCAGUGAUUUGAUAUUCAAACAUACCCCUGACAAGGCUCAAAUGAAGCCUGAAGAGAGAGCUUUAAUAUCUGAUUCUGACCAUGAAGAUGGAUGUUUGAGAUUAGCUGGAAGGAAAAGAAAAGCUGACAACAUACCUACAAAUGGCACUAAAAAUAGUAGGCAAAAGAAAGAUGCUUCUGUGACUGCAAAGGAUUGUACUCUCUGCGCAAAUUCCAUUGAACCAAAUACAGUGCUGGAUCAGCCUGCAUUGAUGUUGUCAUACAAGCAAAGACAAGGAGGGUCUAAUGAGUCCAAUGUGUUAAAUGUUGAUAGAAUAGUUGAUAUUUCUGAAGUAGUCCAUGUAAAAAAAACUGUAGAUGCUUUUUCCAAUCUUGGAAAUAUUCAUGGAAGUGAUACAGGAGACAAUGGUAAAUCCAAAGAAGCAUUUUUGGUGCAAAAAGCACGUAUGGGGAAUGUUUCUGAAGUUACCAAGCCCUCUCAGCAAAAGGAAGACAAAUCAGGAGAAGAUGAACAGAAAUUUGUAGAUGACGCAGCUGUCAAACCAGGAUAGAAGUGACUAGUAUAUAAUCGGGAAGGGAUCAAUUUGUGUUGUAGCAACCGAAGCUAGCAAACCAUUUUGAUCAACUAAUUCGUAAAUAAAAAAAGAAAAAGAAAAAAGGAACAUGUAAAUGCUUGUCCAUCCUCUUUUCUUUUGGUGGUGGUUUCUUUAGUGUUACAUUUCUUGGUGUAUGUGUAGUAGUGGUGACAGGUAUUGGUUGAGAGUGGAUUGUGAUGGUUUGAUGGGGUGAUAAUUGGUGUGGUGUUUGAAAUUGUUGGGAUGUAUUCAUGCUUUGGUUUACUCCCCCAAUGUAGUGUGGGGUUUGUUUUAGUUAACCCUCAAACUUUGAACUGUUGCUGUUAGUACUAUUAUUGUCAUCAUUAUUGUUAUAGGGUUGAUCAUGUUGUCUU